AUCAAACAAUGACCGACGUCCCAGUGAGUAAAAGCCCAAACCAAUCCAAGUUCAACGCACACACCAGGCCCAAUCCCCACAGUGGAGAGAGCUCCCGCCACAAGGUUGAAUUGGUUUGAAUGUCGAAAGAAAAAAAAAAAAAAAGCUCCAUGAAUACUCUUUUCUUUACUUCAAUCUUUUUUUUUGUCUCUGUCAUUCUACAAUUGCCCUACCGUUGCCAUUUUUUUUCCAUUACCGGAAGUUGAUCGUUGAUCCUAUUGAUCACAUACACACACACAUAUAUACAAAUCCCAUAUAUCACUGAAACUCAAACGUCAUAAACCCCCAACCGGAACCCCGAUUGAAACGUUGAACGUGAACUCACCCUAGAAAACCAAAAAACCCACCAGUCCCCCAUCCCUCCCCCAAACAUCAAAGACACUACCUCGACAACCGAAAAACAAUCAAUCAUGGCCAACGAUUCCACCCCCAACACCGCAGCGGCCAAUACCCCGACCGGCGAACCUACCCCAACCGCCCAACUCCGACCCGGCGGUGCCCCGGCCCGAGUCUACAUGAACGAGAAGAUCGUCCCGUAUCUCCUGGAGGGAAUGAAGCAUGUUACGAAGGAGCAACCACAAAACCCGCUCCGCGUCCUCGGCGAAUUCCUGAUUCAGAAGAGUAAUGAGGUGGAAGGGGCGAAGUCGCCUGAGUAAAUCUUUUCAAGUCUAUUAUGAAUUAGAGAUUAUCUGGAUGUGCGAUCGAAUUUAUCUCGCCUGACGCGGGAGGGAUAUUGCGCGCUGGUCGAUUCGUCUCCGUCUCCAUCCCGGGAAAGAAUGGAUAUUACAUUUCUACCGGGGUGGCCAGUCAUGCGCUGUAUAGCUGGACAGCAUCGAUGAGCUGGGAUGGAGCAUGGGAAAUUUGAAUGCCGUUCGCCGUGGUAUGUCUACCGCUACGCAGGUUCGGGGCUUGACAUUGAGGAUAGUUCGUUUGUGGUGUUUAGGGUGGUUUGUGGUGUUUUUAUUCUUUGGGUUAGGGAUUUUAUGAUACCAUCUUUUUUGAACGUUAUCGGUAUGAGAGAAUCGAGUUUGGUUAUUCUCUAUAUAUUUUAUGUGUGUUGGCUUUCAUGGAUUGGUGUGUAGACGUGUAGAUGCUAUAUGAGCUGAGAGAUAUAUAGUUUCAUAGAUCGCGAGAGUACUAGAUACAUUGUUUUGUUCGAUCUGGC